AAGAAACAACAGAAAAGGCAGACUUUGAAAAGGCACGGCAAGAAUUAUUAGAGAAUAUGGGUAAUUGGAAUAAUUCAUUCUAUGGCCCAAUUCCAUAUCUUUUAUCCUAUGCAGCAGGAGGAACAUCAUUACAGUUCUUUGCAAUAACAAAUAAAAAGCAGCUGGUCCCAAUUAGCUCUCAAUAUGAUUUGACAUUGCCAUUAGGAGAAUUUAGUGAAGCCUAUGCGGCAAUAUCAAAAUCCAAAUAUGCAGUAUUUGCCAAAAAGGGGCCAGAAUUGAAGCAUAGUAAAAAAUGUAACGGAUUUACGCAAACUUAUUAUGUUCAGUUAGCACCAGUAUGCCGUAGUAAACGUUUACCACAUAAUGAGAGGGAAUUAUGCGAUGCUAUUUCGGCAAUACUCAAUGUAUUAAAUCUUCUCCACGGAAAGGCUUUAAUAUCAUUAGAUCUGGUGCACCGUGAUAUACGUUGGAGCAAUGUAUUAAUGAAUAAUGGUAAUUGGUUACUAUCUGAUUAUGAGCAU